GGAAGAAAGUUUGGCCGCCCUCGGUCGAGAGGCCUCGCUGUCGCAACUCGACUGGAGCUCGUUUAAACACAUCGUUUUAAUUAUUAUUAUUAAAGCCGUUCGUGACAAUUCCCCGACCCCCCACCACAUAAAUAAGUGAGAGAAAAAACACUGGGUGCGUGGACGCGGUGUGUUCGUGUGGGAAGAAGGUGGUUUUUGAAAGAAAAAUUACAAAAAACAAGUAAAAGUGAUCGUUUAUAAGAGGAGGCUUGAGGAGGAAGAUGAGCGAGGCGGCAUUGCAGCAGGGCCCGCCUGCCAAGGUGCGCAGGACGGAGGCGGGAACAGGAGGCGGCGAGGGAGACAACGGACCAACCGAUAAGGUCCUGACUUCUGCCACCAGCAAUGAGGGUGAAGUCGCAGAUGCCAAGAGUACUGCACCCAGCAGCCCAACCACACUCCCUAGCACCCAGGCUCCUGUCCCUGCUGUUCAAGAACCCAUUAUGUCUUCCAGCACACAGGGUCAAACGCAAAAGGCUCUGGAGGAGAUCGACGCCUGCCAGAAUGAAAUCGAUGCUCUCAACGAGCAGGCGAGCGAGGAGAUCUUGCGCGUGGAGCAGAAGUACAAUCGCCUGCGUAAGCCACACCUGGAGCAGCGGAGCGAGCUCAUUCGCAAGAUCCCCAACUUCUGGCUCACUGCCUUUCUAAAUCACCCGCAGAUCUCCCCAUUGAUCGAUGAGACUGAUGAAGAGGCUUUCCAUCACAUGACGAAGCUUGAGGUGGAGGAGUUUGAGGAUAUCAAGUCUGGAUACAGGAUAAAAUUACACUUUGCUGAAAACCCUUACUUUGAAAAUGACAUCGUCACAAAAGAGUUCCACCUUGGAUCAGCAGGCAAGCCGGUGUCGCAGAGCACGCCUAUCCGGUGGAAGGCGGGCAUGGAACUGACACGCCAGCACCCUCCGGCUGACACCAAGGGCCGUAAGCGCGGACACAGCAGCUUCUUCAUGUGGUUCGGUGACCACAAUGACCCGACCUCGGACGAGGUCGCAGAGGUUCUUAAGGACGACAUGUGGCCCAAUCCCCUUCAAUAUUACCUUUUGCCCGACAAUGAUGGAGAGAAUGGCCUUGACAGCGAAAGUGAAGAGGGGACGGUGGAUGACUCGGUGGUGAUAAUUGACGAUGAGGAUGACGACGACGACGAUGAUGACAGCGAUGGUGACGUGCAAGAGAUUGAUGAUGAUGACGAUGAUGCCCUGGAGUUUGAAGAUGUUGAAGAUGAUGGGGAAGUGCUCAUUGAAGACGAUGAUGACAAAGGAGACGAGGGUCAUGUGGAAGUGCUGGAGGGAGACGAUGACGACGACGAUGACGACGAAGACGACGACGAUGACUUCGAUGAAGAUGAUGGCGCGGCAGACAAUGAUAAUCCAGGGGAAGAGGAGGAGGAAGAGGACGGAUAGACGUCGGCUGGACACACCCAUCUGUUUUCAUCGGUGCGAAAAUUAAAGUGUUUUCAGCAAUGGAAUCCUUCACUCGUUUCCUCCACUGCACUUCUACCUAUGAACCAGCGUGAUAUGGCGACCUUCUUUGUUGACGUGAAAUCAAGGUUGACGUCAAACCAUCAGACGCAAAAAAAUGUUAAUGUAAAAAAGUAAAUUGUAGAUUAAAAUGCAUAUUUUGCUGUUAUACAUCACUUUCCAAGUAAUACCAUUCAAAGUUUAUUUUUGUAAAAUCGUAUAAAAGUGAAAAAGCUCUUUUCAUUUUUUCACCGUUUUAUCACUAGGGUUUGUGAUAGCCAAGCUAGUGUGUGUGUGUAUAUAAAGAGUGUUUCGAUAAAAGUAGCUUUCCAAUGUGUGGCCCUUUUUAAGCAAGGAUCACCUUUGUAUUUUGUUGUAUUAGCUCUCGAUGUUUACGUUUGUGUAUCAUUACAGAUGCCAGUCUUUUUAUAAAAAGUUUCAAAGUUUAGAAUUGUGUUCCACCAUCAAAAGUAGAAUUUUAUCAUGGAGAAUAUAGUGGUUAGCAUCUGAGUUAGGCAGGUUUUUGCCUGGUUUGGCAGCUUAUGUAGAGAUCUCAAAGCAAAAAUUUUAAUUAAGUGGAAUGACACUUAAAACCCAAUUGGUUGAGACGUAAUUUAGUUAAUUAUCUCAAGGUCUGCCAUCUGUCUCCAUUUGCAACUUUUAUUUUACCAAAUAUUCUUCCAAAGUAAUUUUUAUGAAAUGUAAAUGUACCAUGCAUAGUAUUGAUUUGAAGCUUUCGUGACUACAGGAAUCCAUACUCUUUGGUUCUUUCGGUAAAGUCACGUAGGUAUAAAAUAAAAUAAAUCACGACGUUUCGAUCGCAACACAAGCAGCCAACUACUGGAUUAUAUUUUUUACGCCUGAGGAUGACUUCUUGUUUUGCGAUCGAAACGUGAUUUAUUUAAUUAAAAUGUUUACCUACGUAACUUUACCAAAAGAACCAAAGAGUAUGCAUAGUAUUGUUUUGCACCAUACUGUGCCACAGUAGCGUGAAGCAUUUGCUCCUGCUGUAGUCCAGAAGUCAAGCAAACGUGCAAGUGUCUACAUCAGCAGUGGGCCCUCUGCCUUGUGGUGUAAUUAGAAAUUGAUUGAUUUACUGACCACCAGCCGACACGGAAACAAUGUGUAGUUUGGUGCAACACAUCACAGAUAAUGGGUCAACUGUUAUUUAGACCACUGUUUGAAAAUGUUAGCAAAAUGUAUGUAUGUUUAAUGUCUUUCGCACCGCAUGUAGUAAACCGUGCUAAUCAGAGGUGCGGGAAGGGGGAUUGACAUAUUAUGUUACGUGGCACGUUAUGCCUACUCAAGUGGUGUGUGUCCUUUGGCUUAUUGUGCACAGAACUAUAGUGGGAAAUCGCUAUCUCAACAACGUUUAAAGAGACUCAGAAAUUGUUGGUGUAGUUGAAUUAAAUAAUUGAAAAUAAGCAAGCAUAUAUUUUUCCCCUCUUGUUCAUAAUGCCAGUGGUAUAAAUUAUGAGUGUUAUAAAAUAGUAAUUGUAUUAGAUGCUUUUCCCCUCUGCUUUUCUUCAUUGUGCAUUGUUUGCAAUCACAGCAAAGGCAUUCAAGGCAGAUUUGUUAGUUGUGCUAAACUACAUGGUUUUCGUGCUUAUUUAAGCAUAUAAUUAUUUGAAACAUAAAUAUGCUAUCAAAAUGAUUCAUCCUAGGGUACACAAUUGACAAAUUAGUCUUUCGAGGGGGGAUAAUUGUAUUAUUUGUAAAAUGUUUUUGGACUUAAAAUUUUACAAUUUAUAUGUUCACUUUCAUAUUGUAUUUGAACCGAACGUUUCCAUUCAAGCAAUUACACGGAUAUUUGUUUAACAUUUUUAGUAAAUGGAUGCUUACUGGACUUUUGCAACAGUCAUUGAAUUACGUGGGGUCACAGACAAUUCCCAUGGCUUUAGUAGUGACCUGAAUAGCCCCCUUGAAUUGCAUUGGACAUCGGUCAUCUGUAAUGCACGAUUUUAAUUCCCACCCAAAUGAACCGUCGUGUUCCUAAUUGUUUGCAACGCAGCUUCACAAGUGGUUAUUUAACCGUCAAAGCAUGUGCUGGUAGCCUGGAGGAAAUUGUGGUGGGAUCCAUUUCAAAGUUUUAGUAUUUUAUCUAGAUUUCUCUUGGAUUUUUUUAUGCUACAUGUUUCAGUUUAGAAUAAAAAAAAUAAUCUAUAAUAGUUAAUAUAUCAGUUUAACAUUUGUUAACCAUUUAUAAGUCGCGUACUUCUAAAGGAAUAUUCGUCCUUUGUUGAAGCAGCAAUCUCUGUCACAUAGUGGACUUUUUUUAUCACCCCCGUAAAACAUUCUUUGUCCCCUGCUACCAAUUCAGGCUAAAGUUGGUAACAAAAAGCAGUACAUGUUGUCGACCAAGUGCAGGAGCUAAAUGUUGAUUCCAGUGGCUGACGCAGCUUUGCUACAGAUGCCGCGAAUCGUAAUUUAACUUUGUUUAAUAGCUGUAGACAUGAAUGUACAGUGAAUUCUCAUUUCACAUUUGCUGCAACUUGCAGAGGUUGUUUAAGCCCCGGUUGGCAAUUGGUUGAGCGCUUGGAUGUAUUCACCAAAGAUGCGUGUGCUGUCUGCUUCACAGUGGGCGUUAAAAUCACGUGAUCUUAUUCAAAAUAGAGUUAAGCCAUGCGUGCUGCAAUCACUGUCAAAAUUUGAAAGUAGAAAAUACCUGCAAAUAACUUCGGAAAAAAUCACAUUAACAUAUACUUCCUGCUGGCAGACGAUACCAAUUUGCAGGCUGGCGCUGAUUUAUGGCUUGUUCUAUGUAGCGACAAUGGCCACUAGCUGUCCUCUAGGCUUGACUGCUAUAAUGGAAUGGUUGAGUUGAGAAGAGAUGUAAGUUGCUUUGACUUACUGAGUCAUUUAAGCACUAUAAUGACAACAAGAACAUUCAAUCAGAAGCGUUAUUUUGACUGGGGGAAUUCGAUGAGCUAUGAAGCUUUUUUCACUAGAUAUACAGUGUGGGUGGAUCAAUGGCAUAUAGCAAAUGUGUGCUACCCGCCACUUGUUUUCAUCUGUUUUAAAUUUCUCAACCCUACAGGCUAAAACAUUUUUUUGAGUUUUCUUUAGCCUUCGCUUAACUAAAAUGUUUCCACAGCUAGUUGUGACGUUGCGGAAUGACUUGCUGGCUUAGCCAAAGCAGUUUGGACGUUCCUGCAAUGGUCGUUUUUUUAAGCUACCACAUUUCAUUGAGCUGCAUUACUAGGCUUGUGGUGCUAACUAAAUAUGAUUAACAAAACGUAGAAACGACAGCGUUCAUCUAAAUUGCACGUUGAUGUGAAGUGUAGAUUUAGGAAUAUUUUACAUUUAUGUAGUAAAUCUGCCCAGGAUUAAGCAAAAGUAGUUAAUGCAAAGCUACAUUAAUAUGAUGGGUGUUAUAAUUAGAUUUACUAUCAUGAAAGCAAAAACACAUUCAGUUUCAUUUUAUCUGUUUGCAAUCUCAACGUUGCUCCUUAUGCAGGUCGCUAGAUGGUUCAGGAGGCUAAAGUCAUGUCUGCACCGAGCCAGCACUUGUGACAUUCUGGACUUGACACAAGUUCUAGCCACCUACUCAGCCGAGUACUGAAGUGUGACAAGUUGAUGGUCGUUGUACAUCUCCAAUCCAGCACUGUGGAGGCGAUUUUGGAUCGCACAAAUGUUGUGAGACUCCGUGGGCGUCGAGGCUGCAACACCUAGGCCUGCCAGGAGCAGCAAGUGGAUUAAUGUCCAUCUGUUACCAUCUACAGGGGAUAGUGUUGCUACAGACCCCCCUCGCACGUGUGGGUAUUCUCCGGGUGCUCCGGUUUCCUCCCACACGUAUAAACACUUGUUCUCAAGAAAUCACCUUAAUAUAUAGAGAACCACAGAAGUUGGGCAAUAGUUGGUGCCGGCUCUCCGAACGUAUCUUCCCUCUCGCUUUUCUGUAGUUCCUCGCGCAUCUGGUAUUAAAAUGAGUUCAGUUAAUUUGUAGUGCAGUAGAAGUAAGCUGCGCUUAUAUUUAUAGUGUGGUUAUAUCAGAAGUUGUCCACCUUUAUCUCCCACCACUGUAAUAUAAGCAUGUGUUGCUUAUUUAUGAGAACUUCUAGUCUAUUGCGUCUCGGAAUACUCGAAAAUGUUUUUAUCACGUCCCUCAAGAGGUGUUUGGAAGGUGCCACCACCUAAUUGGCAGAAUAAAGGACCUCGGCUCUGUGCUGCCACCCUUCCGGAGGGCAGUCCUCUCACCAUGGGGCUCAUGCCAUUGGGUUCUGCGAGGACUUCGAACAGAAAAAUCUUCUGUCAUGGCAUGACGCGGAUAGAAAAAAAAAGUUGGGUAAAUAAUUGUGAAAAAUGCAACAAAGUAAUGUAUUUUUUAAAUGUAAUUGCGUAGCUUUGGUAAGAUAAGUGUACAGAUCAGUUGUGUGUAGUUGGCCAGCAAUGACAUGUUAUUAUCCCCUGCCACGUGCUCUUAAAUUUAAGAUUAAAUAUCAAAUGUUAGCGUUAUUACAUACAAACAUUGUAUUUUAACAUUGCAGCAGCAUCAUACAGUUUUAUUUAACUCCUUUUAAUUCGGGGUUUUCAUUGAUAUUAUUUAAUACACCUUCAUAAAGUCGUUUUAUAUUUAGUAUUUGAUAUAUUUACCGGUAAUUCCAAUCGUGUAAACUUUAUUUAAAGUACACUUUAUACAGUUUAUCUUUUCAGAGAAAUGUUUUUUGUUAAUUAAAGCCGCUAGAUGUUUCCGUUGUAAAUAACAUCGAAUUCUUCGUUUGCUCUCUGUGCUCAUCGCAUUUGAGACUUUGUAGGAGUGCUGGCUAUGCUUGUGUAUAGUGUGCAGCAAACCUUGUUAUCCAUAAUACUAUUAUGGAUGAUAUUUGGUCGCGAAAGCCUACGUGUUUAAACACAUUGUUAGCCUGAAAGUCUCGCCGUAAUGUCGCCCCGCGGGUUGACUUCUGGAAUUUGUUUUGCUUCAUACAGCCUUCUCCAUGGGACAUCGUGUAUUCAGUGUGGCAACAGAGUGGUUAGAAAAUGAACGACAGCACACAUCGUUGGCUAAAGCAGUGCGUUGGCAUUCACAGUUGGAGGCUUUUGGUGGAAGUUUGGUGUCCACUGAUUGACAAGAAUGGGAUUUUUGUAAAUAAAUUAUUAUAUGAAAGUUGUGCAUCUUUUGGGAGGUGGGGGGGGGGCGGGUGUACUUUGACUAAGUUCACAUUAAACAAUUCAAGCAAAUGUUUGGGUUUGCUUUUAAUCAUGCUGCAGUGCCACUUGUGCAUUAUUUUUUUUGCUAACCGGCGUCAUUAGCGUCAGGCAUCGGAUGAUUGUCUAGAACAGCCUAUGAAUGUUUCGGGUCCUGUUAUAGGGUUGGAGCUGAUGGAUCUACAUUUUUUUUUUCAGAGUAGUAUUAUGCUGAGGUUUACUACUGUGCCGGAAAUGUUUUAGAAUCCACAUUUACGAAGCAGACGGUGAUACAGAUCCACGCGAGUGGUUUCAAAAGUUAAUAUUUAAUAUUCUGAGAAUUGCAGGUAUUUUAUACCAUCGAACAAUCCACCCCCACAAUUCACAAUUGAUGAUGCAGCAGUUGUGGAGAGAGUGGAGAGUUUCUCAUACCUGACCAGUGUGCUCAUGACCGGCUCCGGUUUAACAGCAGAGGUCUCACUCUAAAUCAGUCGAGCGCCAUUAUAUUUUCAUCGCAUGCGUUAGGCUGUGUGGAAGCUACCUGGUCUCUCGCUCCGCAUGAAGCUCCAGGUCUUCUCGGCCACGGUAAUUCCCUCCCUUCUCUACGCUUGCGAAACGUGCACCCCCCUAAUGGAACAUCUUCGCCGGUUAGAAACAUUUAGUCUGGCCUGCUAACAAUCCAUCCUGGGUUUAACCAUAUAUGUGUGUGUGUGCGUCUAAGUCUAUGUGUUUCUAUGUGUGUGUGUCAAUGUUUGUGUGUAAGUCCAUGUGUGUGUCUGCCUUUUUCGCCCGAGCAACGCCGGGUACUUAACGCUAGUUUAAUAAUAAAAAACCUUGAUGGCUGUGCACUUACGUUGUGGCUAGAAUGUAUUUUAUAAGAACCUUUGGCUCUAAAGCAAAAUUGACUGCAUUGGUUUUUCAAAUUAUUUGGUUCUUUCGAUAAAGUCACGUAGAUAGAAAAAUAAUUUUAAAAAGUGAAUAAAAAUGAUUUCAAAAAACUUGAAUGUAGACUAGCCUGGUUCUUAAUCGGAGUGAUUGUACUGGCAGUCUAUAAUGUAGACUGCAGCUAUGGUUAUUAAACUGAGUGGGCGUACUGGCAGUAUUAUGUAGACUGGCCUGGUUUUUCAAACUUCAGGUUUACCCAAAACCGCAUCACAUUUGACCAUUCAAGUAAUCUUUCACGUCACGUGUA